AUGAGCGCCCCGCUGCGCUGCGCCCACGUGACUGUCCCCUACACGGAGCUCGAAGCCGGCAUAGAAAAGCUUGACCGCCUGCCGCCGCCGCGCUACGUCGUCUUCACCGCCGACCCGGACCCCGCCACUGGCCUGCCCUGGUGCCCCGACUGCGUGCGCGCGCUGCCGGCGGUGCGGCGCACGAUGGAGGCGCAGGGCGCGGCGCUGCUGGAGGUCGGCGUGGGGCAGCGCGCGGACUGGAAGGGCAACGCGGCGCACCCCUGCAGGACCGACCCGCGGUUCAACGUCGGCGGCGUCCCCACGCUGGUGCACUGGAAAGGCGGCGAGGAAGCCGGCGAGAAGCUGGGCGCUGAGCUGGAGAACGCGGCCUCUCCUGAGGAGGCUGUGGCUGUCGUCGCGAAGUUCAUCCUGGACACUUCGGGCAAGUGA